CAGUUUCGCUUCUGGACUUUAGAAGCAAUAGGAGUUGCAGAACGAACAGAAUGGACUGUUAUACGCGUUUAGUUUAACUUUGGGAAAAGCUGUGCUAAUGAAGCUUUUCUUCAGUGUCCUCGCAUUGAUUUUGUUUUCACCCGACCGUGGUGUGUCUGGUGUCAGCGUGUCGUUGAAGGAUGGAGAUUCAGUCACUCUACACACCGGGGUUGAAACAAAGCACCAAGAGGAUAUUAAAUGGUAUUUCAAGAACACUCGCAUCGCUCAAAUCAGUGGAGAUCUCAGUUUUAUCUGUACAGAUGUUCAGUGUUAUGCAGGCACUGAGAGAUUCAGAGACAGGCUGAAGCUGGAUCAUCAGACUGGAUCUCUGACCAUCACAAACAUCACAAACACAGACUCUGGAGAAUAUAAACUUAAAAUCAUCAUCAGGAGCAGCGACAGUGAAAAGGUCUUCAAUGUUUCCGUCACUAAUGUUUCUGCUGCUGAGCUAUAUGAAACGAAGAAGGGAGAAUCUGUCGUUUUAGAUUCUGGUGCUAUAAAAAACACAAACGAUGUGAUGAAGUGGUAUUUUAAUGACACUCUGGGCGUUGAAAUCAAUGGAGAUCAGAGUCUGAUCUGUACAGAUGAGUGUAAAGAGAGAUUCAGAGACAGACUGGAGCUGGAUCUUCAGACUGGAUCUCUGACCAUCACGAACACCAGAACCACAGACUCUGGACUUUAUAAACUACUGAUGACCAGCGGUAACAGCAGCUUCAGCAUCACCACAGUGAAGAGAUUCUGUGUUUCUGUCUCUGUUGUUCCAGAUUCAGGUCUGUCUUCAGCUGCUGUAGGAGGAAUAGUUGCUGCUGUUGUUCUUCUGGUGGCUGCUGCUGUAGUUGUUGGUGUGUUUUACUGUCGCCACAAGAGACAUACACCAGUACCACAGAAUGUGGAGGACGAUGUAUUGUGAUCACCUGAUCCAAAAGACAUUCUUUUGAGAAAGAUCGCGGGAUGUUCUUCAACUCCGUUUACUCAAAAAGUGAUCAGAAGUGGCGGCGCUUGAUGGUUUUAGUAUAUUGAGGUUUAACAAAGCUGCCUGAGUGAUUCAGACGGAUAAAUAACAGCAAGACAUGUCUUUUGCGCUGCGAGAAGCAUUAAUUCACUAAUCUUUUUUUGACACGUCGGUGAUUACACCUAGCCUUGCAUCUUUAUAUCCACAUUGAAUGAACUGACUGUUCCAGAUACCUCACUAAUCCAGGCAUUACACUGAUUUUUAAAAAAUGUUUCUGCUUUUGCAUUACUUGCAUUAGACAAACCUAUUAGAGGAGAGUCAUACGAUGCAUAUAAUGUGUCCUCAAUGAACUAACACUAUUUAUGUUACUAAUGUUUAUUAUAUAACCGCUAACCAUUUGAAUGGCCUUCUCUGACAAGCAUAGCUUUUUGUAUGUUCCUCAGCUACACCAGAACUAAAAGCAGUCAUCGAUUUCAACUAUAACCUGAUCCAGCAAAAUGAGUCACAGUGACGCAAAUUUUGGAUUUUGGUAUCAAUGGAAAGAGGACACCAAUUGAAAACCUGAAAAAAGCGUUUUUUUUUGCAGAUAUCUUUAAAAAGAUAUACUAUUGUAUAUAAAUGCUAUUAAACAGCAAGCUGAAAGCACAAGUAACUUUAAUUUUUUUUUUUAAAUAAAUAUUUUAACCUUAAACUCUUUGUCAUAUAGGUAUACAAAUAUACAAGAUUUAUAUACAAUUACAAAAUAAUAUAAAAUAGUGCCAUAAUACAAAUAGUGCCAUAGUACUUUGAGUAAAUGAAUAAAAAUACAUUUAUAAUAAUACUAAUACUGGGAUUUUUUAAUUUAGGAAUGCCUGUACUUGCAGAUUAGGAGACCCCUAGAGGACGUAUUUCUACACAUCGGUACAAUAUUUUUUAAUGAGGAACAAAUCAAAAAUGUAUGUUUUUGUACUACGUUUUUAUUUGUAAGACAGCUAUUUAAAUCUGUGAAGUUAUUGAAAUGUAUUUGAAGAAAGGCAAUAUGUCCUCUAGGGGUCUCUAAUCUCAGGCAUUCCUAAAAUCCCUGUAUUAGUAGUAUAAUACAUUUAAAGUCGCAGUAUUAUAUUUAAGGUGCUAAAAGGAUAUGAACUUGUUUUGCACACACACACACACACA